AUGGCAAGGGGGGCAAGGGUGUUGGAGGAGACGGCGGGGGCGGCAGUGGUGGCGGUGGGGGCGGCGGAGGGGGUGGGGGUGGAGUCUGGUGUUGCUAUCUUUGAUCUUGACUAUGAUGCUAUCCUUGCUGCUAUGUAUGCUGUGACUAUUAGUGCUGAGGAUGACUUUUACAUGUGUGUUCCGCCCGACCCGGGCAUAGAGGCUGAUGCUCUAGGUGCUAGUGAGUCUGCUGCUCCAGGUGCUGGUGAGUCCGCUCUGUCAGGUACCGCGUCGGCUCAAGUCUUGCACACUUUCACCCUUGACUCGGGUGCUUCCCGUUCCUUCUUUCGCGACUGCACCACACUCACACCGCUCAGUCGGCCAUUGGCAGUCUCCCUGGCUGACCCCUCUGGGGGUCCGGUCCUUGCACACUCCUCCACCGUCCUGCCGUGUCCGGCAGUCCCGUCUGGCUCUCUGUCUGGCCUCCACCUCCCCUGGUUCUCCACGAACUUGGUGAGUGGAGCUGACCUUAUGGACGCGUGGGUUGAUCAGUUCACUCCUGGAGGUCAGCGGGUGACCCAAUGUUCGUGUACUCGGACAGGCCGGCACCUGGCCACGUUCACCCAUCAGCCUGGGUCGAGCCUGUACACCCUGAUUUCCGUGUCUCCUUCGGUUGCUGAGUCUGGUCAGGUAGCCGCGUCGGGUCAGGUGUUUGCUGCAGCAUCUUAG